AUGCACGCCCUCUUCACGCUCGCGCUCGCUCUCGCAUCGCCUCAGAUCACCUCCAGGGCAGAGCUUCGCAUCGCCAUCGGCGACUCGCCUCCACAGACGCUGUCGCUAGGCCUGUACGGCACCGCGGCGCCUGAAUCUGUGGCGCUCUUUGAAGGGCUUUGUCGAGGCAUCUCGGACGCGGGUCGGCCGCCCAAAACGCUCACCUACGCUGGGUCGAGCAUCUCCCGGAUCGAGCGCGACAGAAUCAUCGUUGGAGGCUCGCUCUCUGGCGGCAACGGCCGCAAGGUGGAUCGCGAGAUCGACGCCACCGGCUACGUCCGCACCGAGACACUCAGCCGCGCCGACGCCUUUGCCAACGACGACUCCAACGCCCUGCCACAUGACCGCGCUGGCUUGCUGUCGAUGCGCCGUGGCGGCCGCGCCUUUGAGUUCGGGCUGACGCCGUGCGCCAACCGUGCGCUCGACGCGACGCGCAUCGUGGUUGGGGAGGUGCUGGGCGAGGCGGACGGCGGCGCGGGCCUCAGGCUCCUCUCGACGCUCAAUGACUUGCCUGCGCGGCAGCCGUCCGCGGUGAGCGAGCUGGGUGGCGUCGCCGCGCUGCUCGGCCUCGGGCUCGGCUUCGCUGGCUUGGUGGGCCAGGGCUUGCGGCUGGCCCGACGGGAGGCCCUCGCGGCGGCGGGCUUGGGGACGGCGGCCGCCUCCUUUGUGGGGACCGACCCGAGGGAGGGGAGGGACUUGGCGUACCGCCCGCUGACAAAAGUGAGGAUCGUGAGCGCGAGCGUCCUCUGA